AAUGGGAUAAUAAUAACAACCAAGAUGUUCCCAAAUUUGUUAUGAUCACAAAUUAAAAUUUUAUUAAGCAAACAAUGCAAAAAAUGAUUUCAUACCAAAAAUGAAAAUGCCUCUCUAUAAAUAUUCCAUUUCCACAACCACCAUUAUCACAAUUCACAACAAGGCAUAAUAACAAUGGGCUCUCAUUACUGGACAAUAAUAGCUUUUGUUAGUGUCAUUUUUGCUCUUAGUAGUAAUUCAUUUGUUCUUGCCUAUGAUCCAAGCCCUCUCCAAGACUUCUGUGUUGCUGACCCCAAAGCUACAGUGUUGGUCAACGGGAGGGCAUGCAAAGACCCGAAACUCGUAACGGCGGACGAUUUCUCGACGUCGGGCUUGAACGCGUCGCAAUUCCCGGCGGCAUUUCCGGGUUCGUGGUACAGUGCAGCCAGCGUGAACACGAUACCGGGGCUGAACACGUUGGGACUGACCAUGGUCAGGAACGACUACUUACCCGGGACCGUCAUCCCGCCCCACAUCCACUCCCGGGCCACCGAGUUAGCACUAGUUCUGAAGGGCACUUUCAACUUGGGGUUCGCGGCCGUGGACCCGAAAGACCCUACGAAGAACGCAGUGUUCUCGAAAACGUGCAACGCCGGGGACGUGUUCGUGGUCCCACAAGGGUUGGUUCACUUUGGAGAGAGUUUGGGUGUUGAGAAUGGGACUACCAUUACGGUUUUCAAUAGCCAAAGCCCGGGGUUCAACUUUGUGGCGGAUCAGCUCUUUGGGAAAGAAACGGCGUCGUUUAUCUCUGAGGAUUUAUUGGCAAAAUCUUUCCGGGUGGAUAACAAAGUGAUUGAAGAAAUUAGGUCCAAAUUCUAAUGAUCUAUUGGAAUUCAAGAAGAAAGAAUGUCAAAUGCAAUGUUGUUAUUUUGGAAUUUUUUUUAUCAUUUGACAUUUUACGAUUUUCAAGUUAAUAUGAAAUAAUAUUUUAAUCAUUAACAUUUAAAUUUGUCCAUUCAUAUGCGUUACUCGGCAUAAAUACAUACUCUAAUUUAUUGAAACUACUGUACCAUACGACUUUUUAAAAUGAAAUUAGUGAUAUUAAGUUUAUUGUUCCCCAUAUCAUAACAUGGGGGAUUGAAGAAAUACUACUUUCGUCU